UUUUCCUCAAUUAAUUUUCGCUAUAAUACAUAUUGAUGUUGAAUAGAUAGAGAGAGAGAUGAGAAAGAGAGAGAGAAUGAGAAGGUUGGCGACGGCACCUAAACCUCAGAGACUUGCAAGCGAUUCAGAGAACUCAUUAUUAACCCAAGUCCAUUUAUGAUCUCUAUCUCUUCACUCGUUUAUGGUUCGUUGGGAUGUACUGUAGUCUGAGUCAACUAGGUUCGUGAUUUGGACUCUUCAGGAACUCGUGUUGCUAUCGAUUGAUCCUGAUUGGAGGAAUAAAUCUAGGGUUUUUAUUUCUUUUGUUGUUGAAAUGAUCGAGCUUUGGGGAUUUAGAGAUCAUCGCUUGCCGAUUUUGAUGGUGAUGGCGUGCUUGCUAUAUCAGAAUUUGAAUUUGUGUUGCUCUCUCAACGAUCAAGGUUUGGCGUUGCUGAGAUUUAGGGAGAGAGUGGUGAGUGACCCGUUUGGGGCUUUGUCAAAUUGGAAUGAUGAUGUUGGCGUUGGAGUAAUCAAUCCGUGUUCAUGGUUUGGCGUGGAGUGUUCGAAUGGAAAUGUUCUAGUUUUGAACUUGAAAGAUCUGUGUCUUGGAGGAACACUAGCACCUGAUCUGGGAAACCUGAUCCACAUAAAGUCUAUUAUCUUACGCAAUAACUCCUUCUAUGGAAUCAUUCCCGAAGAGAUUGGAGAGCUGAAGGAGUUGGAGGUGUUAGAUCUGGGAUACAAUAACUUCAGCGGACCACUUCCAUCUGAGCUUGGCAAUAAUCUGUCACCGGCAAUCCUUCGACUAGAUAACAAUGACCUUUUUGAUAGCACAUCCCAUGAAAUUCACGAGCUCGUAUUGAUUUCUGAAGUUCAGGUAGAUGAGAACCAGCUGUCUAAUGCAGCACAAAGAUCAUCUUCCAGUGAAAGAUCUAUCUCAUGGAACAUUGCCCAAACUGGAGAUGCAGUUCAUCGAAGACUGCUACAAGAGAAACCUAUUAAUCUGCCGAUAAAUGAACCGGUACCGUCACAAUUUCCAUCACCACCACCAUCACCAUCUCCAUCAUCAGUGUCUCCAUCAUAUUCCCCUACCCUGCCUCCUGCCUCUGCUGUCUAUGCUUUUCCACCUCCCGUUUCUGCUGCAAUGCCUUCACCUGCAGAAAACAACAGCACGCCCGUCAAAAGGUCCGGUUCAAAACAUCGAGUUCUAAUAUUAUCUCUAGCCAUCGGAGGUACUGCGUUGUCUGCUUUGGUCAUUGGUUUAUUCUUCUGUCAAGGAAAUAAGGUGUCUGUUGUCAGACCCUGGGCCACAGGAAUAAGUGGACAGCUGCAGAAAGCCUUUGUAACCGGUGUGCCAAAGCUCAAAAGAUCAGAGCUUGAGACAGCUUGUGAAGAUUUCAGCAACGUGAUCAGUUCUUCAUCAAUUGGAACAGUAUACAAAGGGACAUUGUCUAAUGGAGUCGAAAUAGCUGUUACUUCAGUUGCAGUGGCAUCUGCCAAGGAUUGGUCAAAUAUUCUAGAAGUCCAGUUCAGGAAUAAGGUUGACACGUUAUCAAAAGUGAACCACAAGAAUUUUGUAAAUCUUCUUGGGUAUUGUGUGGAAGAUGAGCCUUUCACUAGAAUGUUGGUCUUUGAAUAUGCACCGAAUGGGACACUCUUUGAGCAUUUACAUAUAAAAGAAGCAGAACACUUGGAUUGGGUGAUGCGGAUGAGGAUUACAAUGGGCAUGGCUUACUGCCUCGACCACAUGCACCAACUGACACCGCCCAUAGCCCACAAAAACCUGAACUCUUCAGCGGUCCAUCUCACCGAAGAUUACGCAGCCAAGGUCUCAGAUUUUGGUUUCUGGAGGGAAGUAGCUGCAGCCGAGAUGGAAUCAAAUCGAGAAAGGAAUCUCUACAGCUUUGGCGUUUUAUUGUUUGAAAUGAUCACUGGUAAGCUCCCUUACUCGGUCGACAGUGGCUCACUAGAGGAUUGGGCAUUGGACUAUUUAAGAGGAGAAAAAUCCUUUAGAGAAAUGGUGGACCCUACUCUAAAAUCGUUUCAAGUAGAGCAACUUGAAAAAAUUGGUGACGUGAUUAGAUCUUGUGUACACCCUAACCCGAAACAAAGACCGCAAAUGAGAGAAGUCACUGCAAGAUUGAGAGAGAUAACGGAAAUAGGACCCGAUGGAGCAAAACCUAAAGCCUCUCCUCUCUGGUGGGCAGAGCUCGAGAUUCUGUCUGCAGAUGCAAGCUAACGGGUGAAAUUGUCCAGAGCUGGUAACUUGUACCUAGUUUAGGGCAUGGUAUGCUUGUACAUAACACAGAAAAGGAAAGGGAAAAUGGUGAAGGGAAAGCUUCGUUGUUUUGGUUUGUUGUUGUUCUGAAUAUGGCUGUGUUAGGAUGUAGAAGAAAAGCAUAUAUACUUGUGAGUUGAUAAGUUAAUUUUUUUUUUUUUCUUCCCGAAAAGUAUCUUUUUAUGUUAACUGUUUUUUUGCUUU